UCGACCGACCCCCGAGAGAGAGAGAGAGAGAGAGAGAGAGAGCGGCGCCGUAGCCGGCAUUGAUCCAUCAAGGGGAGGAAAGAUAUGGGCGACGGCGGAGAGGACGCCGUUCGGCGGCGAAACGCGGUGGCAGAGUACCGCAAGAAGCUCCUCCAGCACAAGGAGCUCGAUUCCAGGCUCAGGACACUACGCGAGAAUUUGAGGGCCUCAAAGAAGGAGUUCACUAAAACUGAAGAUGAUCUGAAGUCGCUCCAGAGUGUAGGGCAAAUUAUUGGAGAGGUUCUUAGGCCACUCGAUAAUGAGCGAUUUAUUGUCAAGGCAAGCAGUGGUCCGAGGUAUGUUGUUGGUUGCCGCAGUAAAGUUGACAAAGAGAAGCUGACAGCUGGAACACGGGUGGUUCUUGACAUGACUACUCUUACCAUUAUGCGUGCUCUUCCACGAGAGGUUGAUCCUGUUGUGUAUAACAUGCUUCAUGAAGAUCCUGGAAAUGUUAGCUACUCUGCUGUAGGUGGACUAUCUGAUCAGAUAAGGGAACUGAGAGAGUCCAUUGAACUGCCUCUUAUGAAUCCUGAACUCUUCCUUAGAGUAGGAAUCAAACCUCCAAAGGGAGUCCUUCUCUAUGGUCCCCCAGGAACUGGAAAGACAUUACUGGCUAGAGCAAUUGCUAGCAAUAUAGAUGCAAACUUUCUAAAGGUAGUGUCAAGUGCUAUAAUUGACAAAUAUAUAGGUGAAAGUGCCCGAUUGAUCAGGGAGAUGUUUGGCUAUGCACGUGAUCAUCAACCUUGCAUUAUUUUCAUGGAUGAAAUUGAUGCCAUUGGUGGGCGCCGGUUCAGUGAGGGUACCAGUGCUGAUCGUGAGAUUCAACGAACUCUAAUGGAACUACUCAAUCAAUUGGAUGGAUUUGAUCAACUUGGGAAGGUCAAAAUGAUCAUGGCCACAAAUCGACCUGAUGUCCUUGAUCCAGCUCUUCUUCGCCCUGGCCGGUUGGACAGGAAAAUUGAGAUUCCAUUACCAAAUGAACAGUCGAGGAUGGAAAUUCUUAAAAUUCAUGCUGCUGGAAUAGCGAAACAUGGUGAUAUCGACUAUGAAGCAGUUGUAAAACUUGCUGAGGGUUUUAAUGGAGCAGAUCUCCGGAAUGUAUGCACAGAGGCUGGUAUGUCAGCAAUUCGUGCAGAACGUGACUAUGUUAUUCAUGAAGACUUUAUGAAGGCUGUCAGGAAAUUGAAUGAAGCAAAGAAGCUUGAAUCAAGUGCUCAUUACAAUGCUGAUUUCGGCAAGGAUUAGGUUGCUCUUAAUUAUACCCAUUUUAGGAUCUUAAUGCUUGGAUCUCUUGUAACUUUCGUUGCUCUGCACAUCUGACCUCAUUAAUUAGAUCUUCUGCUGUUUGUUGGAUCAAAGCUGAAUUGCUGAAGAAUCUCUUCCUGCCAGAACUUGUCUACGGUACUUGCUCGAGUAAUGCUAUUUCAUUUAUCCUGUAAUUGGUUGUUUAGUUUUUGUUUGUAUGACUUCCUAACUUAUGUCUUGUUAAUGCCUGCAAUUUUACAUCGCUUGUGUUAUUUUC